AUGCGGCGUCUCCUACAACAACUACAAGCUGCAUUCAACCUAAAACAGCUCGGCUCCGUCAAUACGUUCAUCGGCAUUCAGAUUCAACGGACGCCCAAUGGCCUGUUUCUUCAUCAAGCACCUUAUGCACGAGAUCUCCUGCAAUCUGCUGGCUUCUCCUCGUGCAAUCCUGCACUCACUCCGCUGGCGACCAAAUCAGCAACCAGUUCACUUCCUGAUCAACCUCUUGCUGAUCCAAACACGUAUAGGAAAUCGCAGGAGCUCUCCAAUAUCUCACCAUUACAAGACCCGACAUCGCCUUUACUUCCAUUCAUCAAAGGCAAUAUCAAACUCAAAACAUUCGUGGAUGCUGACUGGGCCGCCGAUAGAACCGACCGAAAGUCUAUCACGGGGUUCUGCUCCUUCCUCGGUCCGAACUUGAUCUCCUGGCAAGUUAAGAAACAGGUCACCGUCUCCAAAUCAUCCACCGAAGUCGAGUAUCACGCCUUAUCCUCUGCUACUUCAGAAGUCAUCUGGCUACGCCGACUUUUAGCAGAACUCAACCUACCACAGCUCCAGCCGACGGCAAUUCACUGCAACAACCACUACAGGAAAACCCGUUAUUACCGGCGGACACAAUCCGCCGGAAAACAUAGAUAA